GUUACUUCAGUUAUCCUGCUACUGCUUGGUUAAUGAGGUAGAGGCUAGGACCCUGUAUCUGUCGGUCUAAUAAGUGACCUCAGGACCAGAGAGAUUUUGGAAACAAUGCACAAAUGAUUUGUUGUAUAAAACAAGUGAGAGCUGCAAAGGAAAUGGCAUUGUUACACCCAACUUCACAAGGUAAUUUUUAUUGGAAAACUGAGAUUUCUAUUUUCAUUUCUGUUGUUACCCUGUUGUGCAGUUUGACCGGAGACAUGGAAUAAUCUGGUUAGUUCCAGUCCCCCAUGCCCACCCCUCCCACCUCCACCGCUACCCCUGGCCAAGAACAAAGGUGUAAAGAGUUCUCUCUGAGUUACUGGAAUCCCUAUUGGAUGCUGCCCUCUGAUGUUUGUGGAAUGAACUGCUUUUGGGAAGCGGCUUUUAGGUAUGAUAUGAAAACAAGGCCCAAUGAGAAAAUGCACCUUGCUGUUGUUGCCUGUGGUGAGAGACUGGAAGAAACUGUGACUAUGUUGAAGUCAGCUCUGAUUUUCAGCAUCAAGCCGCUGCACGUCCACAUCUUUGCUGAAGACCAACUGCACCAUAGCUUUAAAGACAGACUUGCCAGCUGGUCCUUCCUCCGGAGAUUUGACUACAGCCUGUACCCGAUCACCUUCCCAGGCGACAGCGCCGCGGACUGGAAGAAGCUCUUUAAGCCCUGUGCUUCCCAGAGGCUGUUCUUGCCAUUAAUACUGAAAGAAGUUGACUCACUGUUGUAUGUCGACACUGAUAUCCUUUUUUUACGACCUGUUGAUGAUAUUUGGUCAUUACUAAAGAAAUUUAAUUCCACACAAAUUGCUGCGAUGGCACCAGAACAUGAGGAGCCCAGAAUUGGAUGGUAUAAUCGCUUUGCCCGGCACCCGUACUAUGGGAGGACGGGCGUGAACUCUGGAGUGAUGCUGAUGAACAUGACCCGGAUGAGGAGGAAGUAUUUCAAGAAUGAUAUGACAACUGCGCGACUACAAUGGGGAGACAUACUUCUGCCAUUGCUUAAAAAGUACAAACUAAACAUCACAUGGGGUGAUCAAGAUCUGUUAAAUAUCAUGUUUUUUCAUAAUCCAGAAAGCCUCUUUGUUUUUCCGUGUCAAUGGAAUUACCGACCAGACCACUGUAUCUAUGGGAGCAAUUGCCGAGAAGCAGAAGAAGAAGGAGUCUUCAUUCUCCAUGGAAACAGAGGUGUUUACCAUGAUGACAAGCAGCCGGCAUUCAGAGCUGUGUAUGAAGCACUAAGAAAUUGCUCUCUUGAGGAUGAUUCCGUCCGUUCCUUACUAAAACCUUUAGAACUGGAAUUACAGAAGACAGUUCACACAUACUGUGGAAAAACGUACAAAAUAUUUAUCAAGCAGUUGACAAAAAGCAUAAGAAACCGUUAUGACACUCCACCGAAGGAAAGGUGACUCAUGACUGGAGGAAAUGGAUGAGACAAGCAACGCCUCAGGAGAUGUGAAGGAAUAGACUGGGAAAGGAUUUAGGGAGGCAUUUCUGUCUCCACAGUAAUCCUCUUUGGAAGAAUUAAAGAGCAGUGUAUUCAUGUCAUGAAGAAUAAGUUAACCUCUUGUGCUCCAGUGAGAAGACCGUUGGAUCUCUGGUAUUUUGUAACGUUACUUGAUGUCAUUCCAGCAUUAGUGAAAGCAUUGGACAGUGUGGACUGUGAGCUGGGUUGGCUCUUAAUCAAGUAAGGAUGGCCUGGGAGGGUGGAUGGAGAAAAUGUACCUCGACAUGGUGGAGACAUUCAAGCUGUGAGUGUAGCAAUAACUUAUGUCAGCACUAACCUCACUUUAAAGUGGGAGAAAAAGUUUACAGGAGCAGAAAGGUUCUGUGUCUUAAGAAAUGUGAUGUAACCAAUGUAACCAUUGACAAUCUACGCACCCGCAUACAUUUCAUCUCUGCUCUACGACAUUUGGUGACAAUCAUGUUUGAGAUGAUUUGUAGAUUUUAAGUAAGCUGCACAUUUAAAAAUUAGCUGUAUGAGAAAGGAAAAAAUAGUGAAAACUUAAAGGAGGCAUUGUGUGUGUGUGUGUG